UCAGGAAUACAGAGCACAGUUGUUGUUAAUUCUGCCAAAAUGGACAUCAGUUCUGUGGUGGCCAAUGUUCUUAGAGACAUCAAAAGAGGUAGUGAAGUUAUCACCGGCAAUAGAGAUUAUUAUUCCAGGACUGUUUGAACAAAGGGAACCAUGCAGGAAUUCAGCAUGGAAGCUGUUAGCAGCAAGAAUUGAUUGGUCCAAGAAUGAAUUUUGUGAAUGGAUAGAAGAAAAUGUGUGUCCGGCAAAGGUUGAGAUGAUAAGAAUGUUUUUAGGAUGGUUAAAAAUAGCAGAAAAGGUGUCUUGUAUGCAAGACUGUUUAGGAGUAAUAGCGAAAUUGCAUAAACAGAAGGGGUUUGUAAAUCCAGUAGAGAAUGUGAAUGUAAAGAAG